AUGAGGCCUUCAUUCAGGCAUUUUCCAUUUCAGCGAUGGCAAAAACUGUUUGAUCCAGAAAACACAGGAGUUAUCACUCUUCAGCGGUUUAGUGAGGUACUUGGAUUGACCAAGGAGGAGGACCAGGAGGGGAUUGAAGGGGAAGGCGCUAACACAACUGCUCCCGAGGAGCAGCCUGAAAUCCUUCAAAUUGCUGAGGAUAUGGAGCCGGACAAACAGAAAGCCAUAUUUGAACUCGUGAAGCAAGUGGAAGAGAUAAGUGAUGGCAAUGACAGGGAAAUCGUGCGAUCUAUGAAGGCAAAGCUAGACGAGAAAUAUGGUCGACUAUGGCACGUAUUCACAGUGAAGGGUCAAUACCACGCCUUUUACUCGUAUGAGAGUGGCAACUCUUUCUGCUUCAAAAAGGGUCCUCGCAUUUACAUUAUCUUCAAGACGCCCGCAUGUUAG